GUCGAGCGUGGAUGAUGAAGUACUCAAAUUUAAAUACUAUAAUCAGUGUUUCAUAGCAUUAAACCGUGCAGAGCAGCAGAAUAAUAUGCCAAUUUUUGAAAGGUAAACGAGAAAGGCAUUGCAAACGCUAGAGUAGUAUUUAUUACGCCUUUUUUAUUUACCUUCCAAAAUUGAGAGAUUAUUCAGCUGGACUGUGUAAGAUAAUGGAGAUUGAUUACUGGAUUAGCCAGAGAUGUAUGCUCGUAUAAGAGAUGCGCCACCGACGUAUUCAACGAUAUUCGGUCGUACGACACGUAAUUGGAGUCCAUUUCGAUCAACGAAUCAGUCGUCUUUCAUCGCUCCGAUACCACCUCCUAGUUAUGCCCAAGCCCAAGGGAUUUGCUUCGCGUCCUGUUCAGCGGAUCAGCUGCUUUCACCAAACGCGAAUCGACUUUGGACCACAAGACCCACAACUGCCUUCUGUCCCCGUUGCACUACACUCGUCGUCACGACUGUAGAAGUUCGCCAGUCCAUAAUUACUCACGUUACCGCUUUCGCGCUUUUCUUAUGCGGAUGCUGGCCAUGUUGCACGUUGCCGUACUGCAUGAACACUUGCAAAAAUAUCGACCAUUAUUGUCCUGCUUGUCGCACGCAUCUUGGAACCUACAGACCGUGUUGACCAAUGCUUAGAAAAGUACUUGGA